AAGAGAGAAUAAGCAAUGACAGAAGUGAAUAACAAACAGGUGAUAUUGAGGAACUAUAUCACCGCCUUCCCGAAAGAUACAGACUUAUACGUGACCAGCUCUUCUGUCAGUACCAAGUUCAAGCUUCCUACUGACACUGCUACUGCUACUUCAAAUUCAAAGGUACUUGCAGUUAUAGUGAAGAACCUCUACCUCUCUUGCGACCCCUACCAGCGGCUUUACAUGAAAAAGAUCGCUGGACUCAGCACCUAUACACCCGGCUCACCAAUAUUUGGGUAUGGAGUGGCUGAAGUUUUGGACUCGCAGCACCCAGAUUUUAAGGCAGGUGACUUAGUUUGGGGGACUACCAAUUGGGAACAAUUCAGCCUUCUAACAACACCCAAAAACCUCAUCAAAAUCCAGCAUACUGAGACUGAUGUCCCUCUUUCAUAUUAUGCUGGAAUUCUCGGCAUUACUGGGUUGACCUCGUACGUAGGUUUUUACGAGGUUUGUUCACCCAAGGAAGGAGAACAUAUCUUCAUUUCAGCAGCAGCUGGUGCUGUUGGUCAGAUUGUUGGGCAACUCGCAAAAUUGUUGGGAUGUUAUGUUGUUGGAAGUGCCGGUACUAAGGAGAAGGUUGAUCUGUUGAAGAAUAAAUUGGGGUUCGACGAGGCUUUCAACUACAAAGAAGAGAAUGACUUGGAUCUGGCUUUGAAAAGGUACUUUCCAGAAGGCAUUGAUAUAUAUUUUGAUAAUGUUGGGGGCAAAAUGUUGGAUGCAGUCCUCCUAAACAUGAGAGUCCAUGGACGAAUUGCUGGUUGUGGAAUGAUCUCGCAAUACAAUCUUGCUCAGCCGGAAGGGGUAACAAAUUUGAUGCACCUCGUAGUCAAGCGUGUAAGCUACCAUGGAUUUACAGUCCGCGAUUACUAUCAUGUCUACCCCAAGUUCUUAGAUUUCAUUCUGCCUUACUUACGACAAGGAAAGAUCGUUUACGUGGAAGACAUGGUUAAAGGCCUCGAGGUUGCACCAGCAGCACUGUUCGGACUUUUUAAGGGUCACAACAUUGGAAAACAAGUAGUUGCAGUUGAUCAUGAAUGAUCAAUAU